GGCGAGCGAUCACCACCGUCGCCCCCUACCCCGAACUCCAGCAGCCCUGCCUGCUUUCCACGGUCGAGCAGAUCUUGAGGGUUGUACGGGAUGAUAGCCGAGUGAAAAAGCUUGGCAAGUCCCGAGGAGAGUUCGCUCAUCAGCAGCAGCAGCCCUGGCCUGCCACAAUCCUUUCGACUCGGUCAUCGAUGACCCCAUAUCUCGCUACGAAUCAGCCGAUCCGAUGCGAAAGAACUCUGGUAUCCCUUAACCGCGCGAGGUCCCCUUCGUUUCCGAGAGCCACGAGAACAACUUCCGGCCCGUUCCCGAGGCGGGUUCCCACGUGCCGAGAGAAAUAAGAAUUCCCUUUCGCACUGCACUAAAGUCGCACUGUUAGAACGUGUGUUGGGAUCGCCGUGCGGUGAGCGGCACGGGGGUUGGCAGACCGCGCAAAGGCCGCCCAAUUAAUUAAGAUAGCUCCUAGACACACACGCUAGAUCGAUAGUGACCGGCCGCGAUAAAGACUGGCGAGGGUCUCAGACUUCAGGGAUGUUGCAGUGCUGUGGUGUUGGAGGUGGCGCUUCCACGGCACCUCCGCAGCUGCAGGGAACCGGAUCCGCUCUCGGGGUUACCGCCUCCACGAGAAUCAACAUCAUGCAGGACGCCACCAACAUCCUGGAAGAAAUGCGGGAGACGGAAGCCCGGCGAGCGGAGCUGGAGAGACAGCAUGCGGAAGCACAGAACCAGCUACGGGAAAAGAUAGCAGGACGCUAUCAAGGCCCGGAAUCGGUUGAGGCACUGCAGUCGAAGAUCCGGGAGCUCGAAAAGAAGACCGAACUGCAGAUGAUGAGGCACGAGGAACUGUCGUUGGAACUGACUGAUCUGAGACGUUCCGCGCGCAGCAGAGGACCGGGUCACGUGAUAGGACACGUUGUGGGUGUCCCGUCCACUUGGCCGCCGGCCGACGACGGCAUCUUCGCCAAACUCGAACAGGACACUAGAUCCAACGUUGGCAGACUGUUACACGAACUAGAUCACACACGGAGCUCGAUAACCACGCAACAACCCUCCGCCACGCAAGGCAUCCUUCGGUCCAGCUCGGAGAAUCUUCCCAAUCUCGGUCAGCAUCAACAUCCACCUCAUCCGCACGCUCUUAAUCUCGGAAUGCCCACUCAGAUGGGUACUCAUUACGCAGGCUCACCAAUGCCAUUAACGCCAAUGAUGCCUGGUUGUCCCGCAUUGACGCCGAACGGACCACCGUUUCACUAUAGCGAGCCGAUACCGCCGGCACCGUCACUUUCCAGCAGUCAGUCGCAGCCCGCUUUCCAGCAGAAGCUCCAGCAAUAUCAUCAGCAGCAACAACAGCCGCAUGAGAUGUCUACUUCCCAGGGCGCUCUGUCGUCACAACAAAAGCAGCUGCAAACGCACACCUCACAUUUCACGAGCAAUCAGUACCAAGAGACCUAUCCCCAUACGCAAACGUAUCAGCAACCGCUUCAACAGUCCCAGCAGAUCCCGCAGCAACAACAGCAACAACAGCAUCCGGCCACGACCACGUACCUGACAUCGAGCAGCCAAAGUGGGAUACCUCAUUAUACGCAGCCUGCUCAGACCGCCCAAAAUUAUCAAUUAAACGGUAGUCAACAGGCAACGACAUAUCCUAGUUUGUCCAUGGCAUCACAUCCAAACGGAACGUAUAGUACAGGUGCGACCAGUUACAAUACCCAAUUGUCACAUCACAACUACACCGUGCCGCAGACUACCUCGCUGCCGAUGUAUUCCACCACGUCUUAUCAUUCUACCCUCGGAGGCCUCACGAGUGUACCCCAGUCCGUUCUUCCAUUCUCCACUGGUCAAAGCACUUACGCCACGAGUGGAACGACUUAUUCUACUACCAUCGGGACCAACGCUUUUGGGACGUCGGGCGUAAGCUCAGGUGCUACUUCGGGAGGUCUGUUACAAGCAAUAGGCGACCCUCUGCAAGCAAUGCAGCAACUGUCCGUUCAGUCGCAGGCCAAUCAGCUUCAGCAGCAAGCGUUUAUUCAAAAGAUCCAGCAGAGCUUGCGCGCCAGUUCACCGACCGCGCCCGGUAUCACAACCGGCCAUCACUUCCUGGGUCCUAGGCAAAUGCCGAAAAUUCCCACGAGUAUACUGACAAAUCCUCUAGACCGAUUAACCAACACUGAAGAAAUUGUGCCCGAGGGUCAAGUGGAUAUGCUAGACGUGCCUGGCAAGGGCAGAUGUUAUGUUUAUAUAGCCCGCUUCAGCUACGAACCGUUCCAACAUUCGCCGAACUCGAAUCCGGAAGCGGAACUGCCGGUUCAGGGUGGAGAUUACCUUUUGGUUUGGGGCCAGCCCGACGAGGACGGCUUUCUUGACGCAGAAACUCUCGAUGGUAGACGUGGUCUGGUACCAGCUAACUUUGUUCAAAAAUUAGUUGGAGACGAUCUGCUGGAGUUCCAUCAAGCCGUUCUCGGCCUUAGGGAAGUGGACGAUUCUGCCUCGACGAAUAUCCCUCAAUGCUAUCUUCAGGAUAUUGAUCUAGAAUUAGCCGCGUUGGAAGAAAAUAAUCGGAAUCGUCAAGCAGAACUGUCCGCAUAUGCAGAACUCGACAAUAUCGCGGAGGAGGACGAACAGGAACCACCAGUUCCGGCGCCGCAGCACCUCACGCUCGAACGGCAGCUCAACAAGAGCGUGCUGAUAGGAUGGACUGCUCCAGAGAACACUCAUCAGCUCGAGUCUUACCAUGUCUACGUGGACGGCGUGCUAAAGGUCACGGUGAAGGCCACCGAGAGAACCAGGGCUCUGGUGGAGGGAGUUGAUUCCACUCGGCCACACAGGAUAAGCGUACGUUCGGUGACACACUCGAGGAGAACGUCGCGCGAUGCCGCUUGCACGAUGGUGAUCGGCAAGGAUGUUGCGUUGGGCCCGACCGCUGUCAAAGCGUCGAACGUCACGGCGACCAGCGCCGUGAUAUCCUGGUUACCGAGCAACAGCAAUCAUCAGCACGUUGUGUGUGUGAAUAAUGUAGAAGUGAGAACCGUGAAACCGGGCGUUUACAGACAUACCAUCACUGGUUUGGCACCGUCGACGAUAUACAGGGUGACCGUCAAGGCAAAGAACCUACGGGCGACGCACUUUGAGGACCCAAAUGCUCAGGCAGCAAACAACCUUGCCUGCCAUGUCCACUUCAAAACGUUGCCCAAGGGAUUGCCAGAUCCUCCGGUCGAUAUCCAGGUGGAGGCUGGACCGCAGGACGGCACUUUGCUAGUGACCUGGCAGCCUGUUGCCCUAAACGGUUCGGCCGUCACCGGUUACGCAGUGUACGCCGACGGUAAGAAGGUCACCGACGUCGACAGUCCCACAGGCGAUCACGCGCUCGUUGAUAUACAUAAGCUCAUGGGUCUCAAUCCAAAGCACAUUACCGUUAGGACUAAGAGCAGAGAGAGUCAAUCGGGUGACAGUUGCGCCACGGCGAUACCUUGCAGCGUUCUUCGCGGAGGUACCGCCACACACGCGCCGCCGACCCAUGGUGGACCAUCGCACAUGGAUCAACGGCAACAGCAACAGUCUACCAGCAUGGUCUCUCAGCAAGAUGAUCCGAAUCGCCAUCGUAUGGGUGGUGUAAGCCAGCGGUAUCCAAAUGCGCCCGUACCUUCACACAUGCGACGACACAUGAGCAACAGAGUGGACGCUCAUGGUCAGGUUAUUAUCGAACCGGACGAGAAUCUCUCCGACAAGGAGAUCUAUCCUGGACAAAGCCUUCCCCAAAUGGGUAUUCCAGAGAUUACCAGAGACUCGGCAAGCGAGGCGAAUUACAGUGAGGAAGAUGAUCCGACUCGAAAACGGGGAAUGCCGUCCCAGCACCGUGGACCACAUCAUCGAUACGGUCCUCAAAUGGAUCCUCAAGGUCCGCCUGGAACGCACAGAUCACCUAGUAUGGGCGGUCCUAGCGGCAAACUUCAAGAUUCUUAUUAUGAUCAAACGGGUAAAGGAAGAGGACCGGUUUACCGAAGUGGACGAGUAAAUCAAGCUCAAGGUGGAGCGAGUCAUCCAUCCAGUGCAGCUCAACAAAUGAACAAGAGACAACGAUGGUUCGUGGCGUUGUUCGAUUAUGAUCCUACGACCAUGUCACCAAAUCCAGACGCGUGCGAGGAAGAAUUACCAUUUUCCGAAGGCGACACAAUCAAGGUGUACGGCGAAAAGGACGCCGACGGUUUUUAUUGGGGCGAGUGUCGUGGCAGACAAGGAUUCGUUCCUUAUAACAUGGUAGAGGAACUUAAAGAUCCCCCACCAUAUUAUAAGGAUCUUAAAGAUCCUCAGGGUCAAGCCAGUAGAAGAGGACCUUCACAGAACGAAAGAUGGGGAGAUAUUUAUGCGAGCAUGCCUGUGAAAAAGAUGAUAGCUCUUUACGAUUAUGAUCCUCACGAAUUGUCUCCUAACGUUGAUGCUCAAGUUGAAUUGGCAUUUCAAACUGGUAAUGAAAUCUACGUGUACGGCGAAAUGGACAACGACGGGUUUUACAUGGGUGAGCUGAACGGCGUGCGUGGUUUAGUGCCGAGUAAUUUCCUCACCGAGGCUCCCGGUCAGAAUCAAGGGCAACCGCCGCAAGGCAAACGACCACCAAGUCAGAGUCAGGGACCAGGCGCGAGAGGGCCGCCGCCACCCCCACGGGAACAACUUCCGCCUGGUCAUCGACGUGGCAAAGAUGCCUGCAUUGUGCCUGUGUCUGUCCCUGUCUGUCACUUAGACUCUAGACAACUACAACAACAACAACCACCACUAAUGAACAACCAACAACAUCAACUACAACAUCAAAACAAUCCACCGCAUCUAGCCUACCAACAAGCGAAUCACCACAGCUACACGACCGUAACCACGUCCAAUCAGCAUGGGCCCAGUCACUUGCCAUCUGGCGCCGGUGUCAUGGGUCCUCAUCAGCAAGGUCCCGGUGUCAUGGGUCCCCUUCAGCAACAGAAGUUCACAGAAAUGGCGGGCGCGAGCGCCGGCGGCGACAUAUUGUCUAAGGGCAAAGAACUGAUCUUCAUGAAAUUCGGAUUGGGCAAGUGAGGAGAAGCGUUCGCCGAGAACGUGACGACGACGGUGUCGAUGAGAGUCAUGAUGAAUGACAACGUGUUAUCAUUAUUCUCAUCGACAGCGCCGUUGUUUCUGUUUUUCCUGUUCGCAUUCGAAGUCCACGUUUGACGUUUCACGUUCGAUCGAUUUCCCGACGAAACGUGUAAAUAUAUCAGUAUUACAACAACGUUGCACCGGUGGAAGAUUCUUAACGAAGGCUCAAUCUCUCGCCGGACGUUGUUGCUGAAAGUAAGGCGGACGGGAAAAGAAUGUGCGCCGCUAUAUUGCUGCUGCUGCUGCUGAUGACAAUGCUGCCUGCUGUUAAUAAUAUCGUUAAUUGCUGCAAGAAGAGUAAGAAAACCUCGUUACUACUGUACAAACAUUAGUCGAAGGACGAGUCUCGCGAUCGAGGAGGAGAAAGAAGACACAGAUUCGGCCAGGAUUGCCCGAAACGAAAGGAAAGAAGAAAUAAGAGGUCCGAAGUUGAUAGGACGAGAAAGGAUAAGAGACUGUGUGCAAGAUUUCUCGAACUUGUUCUUAAAAAAAUUUUCCUUUUCCGAAAAAUCUUCUUCUUCCUCUCUACUUCAUAUUCAUCUUCUUCGCGUGACGAUAGGAUCUUCGAUCGGAUACUGCUGAUAAGAGAAGUUUCUUGUCGAAUGUCCGUCAAAAUCGUCGCUGAUGUACACGAAGAAUAAUCUGUCUGAAAUAUGUGGGAGAAUGUAUAUUAAAACACACAUUACGAAAUAUAUACAUUUCGAGAUUGAAUAAGUACCAGUGCGCCGUGUCCUGCGGUUCGCGCGGCUGGUUUAUCUCUUCGUCCUCUUCGAAAUCCCGCGUCGUUACUUCGGAGCGUCACUUCAGUUUUCAGAUUAAACUUCCGCUGCGAUGCCGCCGAUUCGUACUUGUGUUCGACAAAGAAAGACGUACGCAUCCCGCGUCGACGUAAGUUCCGAGAUGCUAAAGAAGCGGAAACCGAACUAUUCACGUAGAUCGAAGAGAAAGAAAAAGAGAAAGAGAGAGAGGCAGAGAGACCGACCUAUAUAGAAAGAGAUAAUCAUAUCGUCGUAUGUAAAGAGUGCGGACGCGACAUUUCAACUUGGGUGUGCCUUGAAGAGUCGUCUCACCCAGCGCAGCAACCAAUAAUCAUAUCUCUAAUCGAUAACUCUUUAGCUGUUUUUUUUCUCUUGGAAGUCAAGCGCGCGCGUAUUAAGCGCGCGCAAAAGCGUUAUAUCGAGAGCCGUGCCGGCGCAUACAAGAAUAAAAUAAUGACGAUAUCUCGUCUUGACAAUUUUCUCUUGUUCUCGUGUGUGUGACUGGAAGCCCUUUUUCUUCGCGUUCCUUCCACACCCUUCCGCAUCCCCUGCUUUUCUAUCCCUGAUGCAAACCCUUCGGUUGGACCCGCACGACGAGAGGUCUCGAUCCUUCGCGCUUUCUCUGCCCGCACUCGGACGAAUUACUUGGAAUCGAGACCGCUUGUUCGGAUCGGAAGAAUCGAACGGAUCGACCUGAAGAUCGGUUGUUCGACGGAUGAACGACAACGCGGGGCUGUUUAUCGCCGGACUGUUCUUGAACGGCGCACAAAUCAGAAGCGAGAAAGGAAUUAUCGAGCGACGGCAGAUAUCAAUAAAAAAAAAAAAAAAAAAAAAAAAAAACGCAGACUCGACCGGGUCGCGUGAAUUUGCCGCGAAUCGAACGAUAACUAUAUCAUAACUGUGUGUAUGAUACAGGCGAGAUGAAAAAAAAAAAAAA